ACAAACCCUCACCCUCCAGACUCUUUUGCUUUUACUCCCUGCAUACACGACCUUGCUCUUAACAAAUCCAACUAGCAUUAGCUGCAGCUACAAUGGAGACCAUCACCAACCUUGCCUCUACUGCUACUACAGCAGCUUCCAAGCUCAUCUACGGCGACCAGACACACAACAAUGAGACUGCUGGCAAGGAGCCAAUCUCGGGCGAGAAAGGCUCUGGAACCGCAACCGACCCCUACGACAAGGGCAAUGCUGCAACCCCCCUAGCCACAGCUGACAAGACCGACUAUCUUGACUCAUCGAAUAACGAGACGGCCGGAAAGGAGCCUGUGUCCGGAGCAUUGGGCAACGGCACUGUUAGCGAGCCGUUUGACCAGGGCAACAAUGCCAAGGCGACUGAAAACGCAGCCGAGAAGACGUCUCGUUCGGAUUCUUUCUUGAAGCUGGACCCCGUCCACCAAACCCAGGCUGAGACAAACACCUCUGCUCCCACCGUCGACUCUGCUAGCAAGAACGACACUUCCAACGUCGGCAUGCCCAUUACCUCCCUCGCUCCUGAUACUGCUGUAUUGAGCAACAACUCCACAUCGAGCGCAACAGAGGCCGUUGGCGUUACCGACAAGGUUUGGAAGGACACCCCGCUAGAUGACAUCAGCCGCUCAGGUGCUCCAGGAGCUGGCCCUACAGCACCCAGCCAUGUCACUCCUGCGACCCCCGGCCUUGAUGCGAAUACCGCUACCACCACCUCUUCUGAUGCCGCUAUCAAGACUUCAGCCCCCGACUCAGUGACGGCUUCGUCCGGUCUUUACUCUGGCUCCGAGCCUCAGCGUUCAGAAACUGAUGCUGGUCUCAACAAGACCGAGGCGGAGAAGGAAGCCGAGAAACGUGAUACUCCAGCAUGGACCGACACAGGUGUGACUUCAGAUAGCAGCAAGUACGAAGAGGACGUUGCCAAGCAAAAUGCCGCUUCUCCAAAGGAGUCCAAGAGCGUAGCUGAGACGGAGACUGGUCGCAAGUUGUCGUCUGAUAGCCAUGAGGAGAAGGGCGGCAAGAUGUCGCACCUGAAGGAGAAGAUGAAGAACAAGCUUCACAUUGGCUCCAAGGACAAAUAAGCUUAGAUGCUUCUGCUGCUCUACACUGCGAGGUGCUGGUAAGAGCAGCAUCUGUUUGAUGAAGGACGAGAUUUGAUACCACGGCAACGACAGCCAUACUUACGAAGAAGAUUCUUGUAAUGACCUUUCUUUAGAUAGUAAUCUAAUGAAUUAAGCUAAGUUGAGCUUCCUUG